AUGAAUUCCAUGAUCGCACCGAUAAUACAUCACCAAACCGGUAAUCCGUCGUCAUCCUUCCUAGGGCUAAACUUUCACCAUACGAUUCUGCAGCUUCCGUUGCAACCGGACGUAAUCGAUAAGGAUCGUUUGUUAAGUCAUUUUAAAACCACACGUCCCUUUUCCGCCGCUCAUGCGAUGCCGCUGCAUACUACCCCCGGAUUAGGCCCUUCGACGCCCGAUCUAAUGGUACGAGCGCUACACACCAAACAGGCAUAUCAACGGGAGCUGUUAAGCCUGGAAACAAAGUAUAACAACGUGUCCACGUCCUAUCCGCUUGAUUCCAAUGAAGGGGAGCAUGUGCAACAUUCGGUGGCACUUGUAUACGCGGCCCUACUUGAUCGCGAUCCCGAUCCAUACCUGCAGCCAAGCACGGGCUAUGAUUAUCACUUUACCGGUGGUACCAUGGUGGCAAUACAAAGCUCCAACGGUGAGGAAGGAUAUACCGCAACCAUAUUCAAAGCCAUUGGAGCAAGCUUGGAAAAUGUGGAAAUACUGCGAGUCGGUGAGUCAGCGCAGGAUGAAUUUCAUUGUGAUGGAGACCUGAUGGUGAAAGAGGUGCAAUCGUAUCCUGUCGAUGUAGCUGGUCCAAUUUUAGAAAUUGUUUCAGACGAUGAUGGCACGGUAGUGCUGGUUAGAAAACAAAACGUUAUGCUAAUUUUACGGGAAGUGGACGUCUCGUCGGAAGUGAAGGAAUGGCGGACAGUGCAGAAAAUUUACUCCACGAACUCGUUUGCGAGCGUUUGUUUUGUCACGAAACCGGCGGCACCAUGUGACACGCUUACACUCUGCACAACCGACUACCAGCGGCAACUUCAGCUGUGGAUGGUCAGUGAUGAUGAAGCAUCGUGUGAGCACAUUGUAAAGCUUCCGCCAGCAACGACCGCGACUGACAAAAGACUUACACAUCGUAUUGAAGAUAACUGGCUGGCGGUGCGAUCCGUCGAUGGCCAAUCGAUAGUGGCUUGUCUUGAUCGUAAAGUAAUUCGGUUUUUUACGUUGCUAAAAAAUGAAUCGUCGAGUUCCGAUCCGGACGCGGACACGUACCGACUUGUGUACCGUGGUGGAAAUGGGUUUGCACGGUGGAUAUCCGAAUGUGAACUUUGUUGCGCGCUAGAGGUAACGCCCUCGAAAGGCCUCCUUUUUAUAGACACCUGCCACAAGCUCAUUGUUGGAAGGAUAGAGGGAAAAGACGAUCAAGAGGACAGGAUCGAAUUAAAAGUGUUGCUCGUUUUUGCUCACAACUUACAUCAACGUCCCGUCUUUAUUAGUCACCAAUGGGACGCGACCAGCGAUAAAGAUGUGGAACACCAUUUCGUACUCUUCGGUAGCCAUCUACCGAUGAGCUACGGUAUAGCAAGUUUUACCCGUGCCGGUCCAGCCACCACACCGGUAUAUGCUGCCCAGCACUAUCCCUACCAUCCGCCUACGUUUCACAACACCUACAAGCUAGCCCAGACGCGCGGAUUCUGUCUUUCCGCGUACGAACCACUAAAGCAACGGUUUUACGCGUGUCAAUCCGGUGCGGUACUUAUCCGAGGUAGAACACCACGUGACGACGGGGAGGAACCGCGCUUGCACAUUCUGCUGCAGACGUCAGCUGGAGAUUUGCUACAACAACGGGUCUCGUACAAUUUCGCACGGACUGAGGAAAAUGCUGACGGUCGAGAGGACGCUAACACAAAGAAGCAAACGAUGGCGAUGGUUUUGCAACAUUGGCAUGAAAAGUUAGUACUGCAGGCGGGCAAAAUUCCAUACCGUGCCUCAAGCUUUAAAACGAUGCAAAAAUUUCGCGACAUUUUCAACUGCCCGAUCGAUGGGAAUAACCUAAACGAGGUGCUAUUUCUACCCCCAGCGCCAAAAAGGGUACGCAGACGAAGGAAAGCUUCCAACGUAGCGUUGUAUAGCGAUAACGAGAAAGAAACCUCGAAUGAGACAGAUGACGACGAAGGGCUUGGAUCUUCAACACGGGACGGUACGUCUACCUGUUCGGAUAAAACGCAACGCUGGGCACUUCGACGGCGGCAAAAGUAUGGAUACCAAAAGACCAUACCGUGGAGGCAAACGAUCGAAGAGCUGCUACAGUAUCGGGAUGUGCUCGCGCCGUCAAUGCUUGCCGUGUGGGGUGUUAAGCACGAUUCUGCUACUCCCGGACAAAGUACGAAUCUGGGGCAAAUUCCUACCCGUUUGCCACCGUUGGCAGAUAUUAAUGAGCGUGUUGGAAGCUGGAUUACUGGUACAUCGCGCGAGCAGUGCGAACUGGAAAAUAUAGCUGAGGAAAAUGGAGUGUUGGGCAAAUCGAACAGUGUGGGUCGACAUGGGCCAGAUGCAGAAACGGAGGAGUACCACAGUCAGGAUCUGUUCUCACAACCAUUGACACCAUCACAAACAUUCACCGCUUCUCAGUUGUUCCAGCAAGGGGAGCAAACAGAAAGAGCGAACGCCAAGCCGUCGAAGAAAGCAUACUUGAAAGGUUUCUAA